AUGAAGGACGAGCGAGUAAGCGACCACAUCCGUUUCCCUCGCUAUUCCUACCGCGUCUCCCGUCGCACGGAUGGCAUGAGUGGAUACAACGAUGUUAUGGGACGAGCUGUAUUGAUCUGCAUCAUCAAUGAUCUUGCCGACGUCGUCGAUGCUGUCGAGGAUCUUCGUCUACCCUCAAGGCCUGAGGAUCGGGCCAGACUGAGGAUCGAAAGACGAAAGAUGUGUGACUCCGUGAUCAAGGGAGCCAAUGACUUGACUGCCAUAUUCGACUCGGUGAAAACAGAGAGCAAGUACACCGAUCUUGCCCCCAAGAACCUGCCGCAAUAUCGCAACCAGAUUUGUGGCCAACUAUUGAACCCACUGCGAAAAUCCGAUCCCAGAAGAGCGACCACCUACGGGCGGCCAUUUUCCUUUACCCCAUACCGAGAGAAGCUCCGUAUCAUCCUGUCCGGUAUCGAGAGAGAGCUUCGUCGAUGGCUCAAGGUGCCCCGAGAAGAGACGCGGAAGUCAACAAAGCACGGAGGACAGCAACAAAAGAGCCGAUCUCACCGAGGUUCAUCACCGCCAAACCCGGGUCUAUGCACCGUCAUGUAG